ACCCUCCCACUUUUAUUUAUUGUUCUUCAUUUCUUCCACUCUCUCCUCUCUCUUUUUCCCUCUUAUCUCUCCUGUUCUCUUUCUAUCUGUCAUUCACUCACACACUUCAUGCUUAUGGCGAGAGACAACUUUCAAGUAUUCUGCGAAUCGCCUCUAUGGAAUUCCUCAUUGACAUGGAGUUCAAACAAUGGUUCUUGGCCCCAGUUUACCGACUGCUUUCAAAAAACAGUUCUUGUAUGGAUACCUUGUGGUUGGUUGUUUCUCACACUGCCUUAUUACUCAUAUUACCUCAUCAUAACUCGUGGAAAAUCUAGGCAUAUCACAUUUUUUAGCAUUUUAAAAACUCUUUUAAGCUUCCUCCUGGCUGUUUUUGUCCUUUGUGAUUUAAUAGUGAAGAUCUACUAUGAAAAUACACAUCCUACAGCAGUGGACUAUAUUGCAGGUAUAUCCCAGAUCAUAGCUUAUUUAUGUGCAAUGGUCCUGAUGCAAGUUGAACGCUGGAAUGGUGCUGUGGCAUCAGGAGUUCUCUUUAUAUACUGGUUGCUGUCAUUGCUGUCUGGCACUGUUCUGUGUUACAACAAAGUCAUAAUGAAGCAAUAUGAAACUGAUAUUCUACACUUCAACGUAUUCCUUGCAUGCUAUACAUUCAUCGUCUUGGAGGUUGUGUUCCAUUGCUUUGCUGAAGUGCCACGCAAAUAUGACAAGAAAGCAUUACAAAGGAAACCAAAUCCAGAGCUGGAAGCAUCUUUCCCAUCCAAGUUCACACUUCAUUGGAUCACUCCUCUCAUUACCAAAGCUUUUAAAAAUACUUUGACUGAAGCUAACCUUCACCAGCUUAAUCCACGUGACAAUAUCAAACUAAUCUCAAACAAGUUUUUCACUGCCUGGAAUCAAGAAAAAGCCAAAUGCCAUCAACAGAGCCUUGAAGUCUCAGUGUCUGAAGAAUCAACAGAUUACAAAGUUGUCAGCAAGAAGCCUGUAUCACUGAAGAAAGUUCUCCUGAAAGUCUACUUAAGUGAAAUGGGCUGGGCAUGGGUACUGAAAAUAGGUUCUGAUGUUCUACUCUUUGCUGGACCUGUCAUACUUGAUAAACUAAUAGUGUACUCAAGUAAUCAAGAACCAGAAUGGAAAGGCUAUGUAUUGUCAAUGAUUUUAUUCGUUCUGCAAAUUUUACAAUCACUUUUCAACAACACUUCAUUCUUCAUAACCAUGCUUUUGGCAAUGAGAAUUAGAGGGUUGUUGACAUCAUUUGUAUUUCGCAAGAUGCUGACCCUCAACAAUGCCUGUCGUCAAACAAUGUCCAUGGGGCAUAUUGUGAACACUAUGUCUAUUGAUUGUUCACGAUUUCAAGAAGCAAUUCCUUUCCUCUAUGUAAUGAUCUCCUCACCAAUCCAGAUUUCUCUGUCCCUUUAUUUGCUUUAUCAACAACUUGGAGCUUCAGCUUUUGCUGGACUUGUUCUACUCGUGUUCUUUAUCCCAGUCAAUGGUAUUUUGAUGGGAAAAAUUAAAAUGUACCAGGCACAACAGAUGAAAAGUAAAGACAUCCGUAUUAAAUUAAUGAAUGAAAUUCUUAACGGAAUCAAGGUAAUCAAAUUGUAUGCCUGGGAAGAGUCACUUCAAAAGAAAAUCAAUGAGAUACGAAAGAAAGAAAUAUCACUGCUUCGUAAAGCAGCAUAUGUUACAGCUGUCAGCACAUUUUUAAGUACAAUAACUCCAUUUGCGGUUACCUUUGUCACAUUUGCAACGUACACUCUAUCCUCUACCAGUCACCCUCUUACUGCACAGAAAGCUUUUGUUUCGCUUUCUUUGUUUAACAUACUUCGUGCUCCAAUAGAAUUGGUUCCAUUGUUUAUGUCACAGGCAAUGCAGCUCACUGUAGCAAUGAAACGACUUAACAAAUAUUUGAACAGUCCUGACUUGUCUUCAGAUUAUGUGAAAUAUGUAACAAGAAGUGAUUUUGCCAUUGCUGUGAAAGAUGGAACCUUUACUUGGAAUGUAGAGAAUGAAGACAGCUUCAUCUUGAAGGAUAUCAAUAUGGAAAUAAAACCAGGUCAGCUAUUGUCUGUUGUUGGCACUGUUGGAUCAGGCAAAAGCUCUUUGAUAUCUACCAUCUUAGGUGAAAUGGAGAAAUUAAAAGGUUCAGUUGAAAUUCAGGGAUCAGUGGCCUUUGUUCCUCAAGAAGCAUGGAUACAGAAUAACACCCUUAAGAACAAUAUUCUCUUUGGGAAAGAGUAUGACCAGUCUAUGUAUGAUAAAGUCGUUGAAGCAUGUGCUUUGUUAGCUGACAUUGCUCUCUUACCGGAUGGAAGUGAGUCUGAGAUAGGAGACAAGGGUGUCAACCUUAGUGGAGGUCAACGUCAGCGUAUCUCCCUGGCACGAGCUGUCUACAAUGAUGCUGACAUCUACAUCCUUGAUGACCCUCUAAGUGCUGUUGACUCCCAUGUUGGGAAACACAUCUUCAACAAAGUCAUUGGACCUAAUGGAUUGCUUAAGAAUAAGACACGUGUCCUUGUUACUCAUGGUAUACAUUGGUUACCUGAAGUGGACAAUAUCGUAGUCAUGAAUGGUGGACAAAUAUCAGAAAUGGGGAAUUACAAUGAGCUGGUCGAUCAUAACGGACCAUUUGCCCACUUUCUUCAAGCUCAUCUCACUCAAAGACAGGUAUCAACUGAAUCAAUGGAAGUUGCUGAGCUGAAUAUGAAAAUACCACAGAGGUCUAACUCAAGGAUUGACUCAACUAACAGUGUUCAGAAUGACAAUGAGAUUGAUACAGCCUAUGAAAAUGAAAAGUCAAUGGAAGAAACUUGUGCAGAUUCUUCGGUGAGACAGUGGCAGAAGACGUCCCCAUUCUCCAAGAUUUUCAAAAGUAGAGGCAAAUCUAACUCAGUUCAGAUGAACGUGAUCCCAAGUAAACUACAGAACGAAUCAAAAAAUAAACUUAUUGAGAAAGAGAAGAUGUCAUCAGGAAAGGUUCAGUUGAAUGUCUUCAAGACAUACAUCAUGUCUAUUGGUCUGCGGUCCACCAUAGUGGGCCUUAGUUUCUACUUUUGCUUCCAGGUUUUUGUUAUCUUUAGCAGUAUCUGGUUGAGCUGGUGGUCUGAGGAUGAAACUGAUGUUAAUGGCACUGGUACAGCUGUUUUCAAUAUUGCCCCAGAAAAUCGUGCCACAUUCUACCUGGGAGUCUAUGGUGGAUUUGGAGCUCUGCAGUCAUUCUGUGUCCUCUGCUACUCAAUUAUUGCUGCAUUUUCACUUUUGGGUGGCGCUAAGAAAUUACAUACUCAACUCAUUGCAAACAUUAUACGAUGUCCAAUGAAAUUCUUCGACACUACACCUUUAGGUCGCAUCAUCAACCGAUUCUCAAAAGACAUUGACACAGUUGAUAUGGUUAUACCAUUGAUUGUGCGUCAGAUUAUUCGCACAAUGUUCAUCAUCAUCACUGCACUUUUCUUGAUAUGUUACACAACACCCAUUGUACUAAUCGCAAUACUACCUCUAGCAGUUGUUUACUAUGUAAUCCAGAGAUAUUUUAUACCAGCUUCCCGGCAACUCAAACGCAUUGAGUCAGUGAGUCGUUCUCCUAUAUACAGCUUGUUUGGUGAGACAGUCCUUGGGGUCAACAGUAUUCGAGCAUACCGUAUGCCGUCAUACUUCAUUAAUCUCUUUGAUGAUUUAAUUAAUGAAAAUCUUCUUGCAAACAGUGCUUUACUUAUCAUCAACAGGUGGUUGAGCAUACGUAUUGAUCUUAUUGGAAACACCAAUAUUGUUUGUUCAGCAAUCUUUGCCAUUGCAUUUGGUGCUUCCCAUGGAAAUAUUGGACUUUCCCUGAGCUAUGCGUUAAGUAUAAAUUUCUUCCUUGGAUGGUUCAUACGUGUUAGGAGUGACCUGGAGGCCAACAUUGUGUCUGUUGAACGAAUACGGGAAUACUGCAAUAUAGAGAAUGAGGCAGCGUGGGUCACAGACCAUCGUCCUGACCCUUCCUGGCCACAAGAAGGUAACAUAGACUUUGAGAACUUUGAUUUACGCUAUCGGCCAGGGUUGGAGCUUGUCUUGAAGGGCAUCACAUGUCACAUUAAAGGAGGAGAGAAGAUUGGAAUUGUUGGCCGUACAGGGGCUGGAAAAUCUUCUCUCACCGUGUCUUUGUUCCGAUUGAUAGAGGGAGCUGGAGGAACAAUAGUCAUUGAUAAUGAACCUAUAGACAAACUUGGCCUCCAUGAUCUACGAUCUCGAAUUACCAUUCUACCUCAGGAACCUGUUCUCUUUUCUGGAAGUCUUCGCUCAAAUCUGGAUCCAUUGGACCAAUUCUCAGAUGCUGAUCUCUGGAAAGCUCUAGAAGUGGUGCACUUAAAACCUUUUGUUGAAGAACUUUCUACAAAAUUGGAUUAUGAAUGUGGAGAAAAUGGUUCUAAUCUCAGUGUUGGUCAACGCCAGUUAGUCUGUCUGGGAAGAAGUGUCCUGAAGAAGACCAGAAUCCUUGUCCUUGAUGAAGCAACUGCAGCUGUAGAUAUGGAAACAGAUGACUUAAUACAGAAAACCAUCAGGAAUGAAUUUAAGAACACCACCAUACUGGCAAUUGCUCACAGACUCAAUACUAUUUUAGAUUACGACAAAAUUAUGGUGCUUGAACAUGGAAGGGUUAAAGAGUUUGCUUCACCAAAGACAUUAAAGAAAAACAAACAAUCUUUGUUCUAUGCACUGCUGAAGGAUGCCAAGUUAGCAUAAAGAUUGUUUGUAUAAAAACAUUAUAUAUGAAACCAUUCAAAGUCUUCUUUUUUAUAACUGGUUUCUAUCACUGUUCUUGUGCAAGAUCUCAAAGAAUAUAGGAAAAACUUCCAUUCUAAAUUGCUUGCAACAAGAACUGUUGUUUACAGAUAUUUUCCUUAUUUAAUACAAAAAAUAAAAAAUAAAUAAAACUC